UGUUGUCUUGGAACUGGAGACAUGACGUGUUGGUUUACAGUUGGGUGCCAUUAACGUUACCUUCUUUAACACCAUCAAAUAUUAACUGCGUCUCAGUGCUGUCCACUGGCCAGUCAGGUCUCUUCUUCAAGCCUGCAAGGUGUCUCUCAACUUUCCUACUCAGGGUUGUUGUCCAUUAUGUGUCAUCUACAGCUGAGGACUUUGAUUUUUGUAGCCUGGGUGUUCGGCUACAUCGCCUUUCUGCUCUCCAUCAGGAGGAUGUGGUCGGAGAAGUACGUCCGUAGUCCACUCGUCCGUUCGCUGUUAAUGAAUAUGGUGAACGAGAGCGAAGCGGCCGCGAUGGAGACACAAGAGUGGUACCAGUGCAGCCCUGACCUGCUUGGACAAUCAGUGAAACCCCUGUUUGUCCAGAGCCACCUGGACACAGACACCAAGGCCUUUUUAAAGCGGAGUGUGGAGAAGUCUGGCUGGCUGUUCACUCAGCUCUACCACUCAUUUGUGUCUACAGUCCUCAGCCCUGUGGUCUCCCGCACUUCCAUCAAUGGGUUUCUGGGUCGUGGUUCUAUGUUCGUGUUUUCGGCGGAGCAGUUCCAGCAGUUGCUCCGGAUUGGCCCAGAGUGGAGUGCUGAGAGGCUCCUGGACCUCGGAGCUGGGGAUGGAGGCGUCACAGAGGUGAUGGGAGUCCAUUUCAGAGAGAUCUAUGUAACGGAGGUCUCAUUACCCAUGAAAUGGCAUCUCCAGAGGAAGAAUUACAAUGUGCUGGGUAUAGAUGAAUGGCAGAAGACUAGUUUCCAGUAUGAUGUGAUCAGCUGUCUGAACCUGCUGGACCGCUGUGACGAUCCUAUGCAUCUCCUGGGGGACAUCAGGCGGUCGCUAGUUCCCCGCACAGGGAGACUCAUCCUGGCUGCAGUGCUUCCCUUCCAGCCGUAUGUGGAAGUCGGAGGAAGAUGGCAGCGUCCCAAAGAACACCUAAAAAUACAAGGAAAAACAUGGGAGGAGCAAGUAACCAACCUGUCCAAUGAGGUUUUCCAAAGGGCGGGGUUUGAGGUGGAGGCUGUGACCCGGUUGCCAUACCUCUGUGAAGGGGACAUGUAUAACGAUUACUACGUACUCGAUGAUGCAGUGUUUGUUCUCAAGGCCUCAGAGGAUAGUUCAGAGUCUGCUCACUGAAUACCAAAUGCACUAUGGGACCGUCGGAGGCCCUUAUUUUGCUAACCCAACUUUAUCUCGGUAGGUUGCUACUGUAAGGAUUUUAGUGCAAUUUUCACAAGCUUCAUUCAUACAACACACUAUUUCUUACUUGCCGGAAAUAGUGAGUUGGGUGGGAAGUUCAGGUGCUGUAGUUCCUACAUUUACCAGCUAUCUUGUGUGACAGUAAUAUGUCCACUUUUUAAGCAAAAAAACAAACAAACUGAAGGGCAGUUUGCCCAUAUUGAAAGUCACUAAACAUAUCGCCGUGGUGUAGGUCUCCAUUCUAAUACAUUAUUUGUGGGAAAUGUUUACUGUUAGUGUUUCAUCAUUCUGUAAUAUAUAUGGGAAUGAUCUUGGUUGAGUCUUUGUUACAUUUGUACUUGAAUUUUUUCCCGUUAUUUUUUGCCCCAUCUGUUUUGAGUCAAGUCGCCCCCUACUGCGCCGUUAUUGGCUAGUAAUUGCCGUCCUCUGUUUUACAUUGUUGAUUGUAACCCCUCAAUGUAGCUGGUUGUCAUAGCAACGCCUCAUACAACUGCAGGAACAUAAUGUUCAAAGCGACCCACACCCGCAACCCACACACACUAGUUGAUGUAACACCAGAAAACUGCCAAUAAUCGAAAUCUACACAGUUGAUUUAUCUUCUCAAAACUUUUCAGAAGUGGAUUUAGUAAGGAAAUAGCGUCCGAAAAUUGUAAAAUAUAAAACAUUCUGUUGCUGGCCUCUGUCUGGCGUGCACAAUGGUGAUGCAGUGAAUAGUGAGUGACGAUUCUCUCUGACCAAUCAGUAGUCUGCUGUGUUGUCACGUCACAUUUUAAUAUUGCCUCAGCUCGCUUGGAACCGUGACGGAGGUGAGAAGUACCAAGUAGCAGGAACAAUUACCAGGUACACAUUUUCUAGAUCUGACUAAUUAAUAUACCACAUUAACACUUCUGAGGGCCAUACGUUAAUAAUGAGCGUAGUCGUUUCCCUACAUAAAAUGUUAUUUAAACUGAAUAGCUUUAAUUUUAAAUAAUUUUGCCUGUUUUGCUAUUUUCCACAGUUCACAGGGUGGCUGUGGCUCAGGAGGUAGAGCAGGUCCCCCACUAAUCAGAAGGCUGGCGGCUCAAUCCCCAGCUGCUCCAGUCUGCAUGAAGACUAGAAAGGUGCUAUAUAAAUGCAGUCCAUUUACCACAAUCCAACCUUUGUUUUUUCUCGAUGGCAGUACAUGGUUUAAGGAAUAUGUUCAUCGAGUUGAAGUUACAGUUCUGAAUACAAGAUUUGCUGACAAGAAAAUGUUAUAUUAACAAGGGAUUAAAUUCCAUAGAGAACUCUCAUAUCCUGAAACAACGUGGCGCUCGUAUCAACGAAUGGUAAAGAGACAUGACGACAAACAAUGAGGAAUAACUUUUGAGGGGGAACGCUGGUGUACUAGCCUCAUCCACCUGUUAGAAGUUGUCGGAGCUGCCUCUGAAGCUGGGGGCAUUCUGCCAUGGGCCUUGAAGCAUUGAAGGGGCAUCUUUGAGAAGACGAGUCGAAGGGAGACUCUAGCCAUGGAAAGCAAGCCCUACAAGGGAUGAGGUUUUGCAGCAGUCAGCUCCUUCUGCUGCUGUACAAACUUGUGGGGUUGGUGGUCGGGGCAUAUUGAUUCGAGCAGCAGAAACAGACUGGGUAGGUUUUGCAAAAAUUUUAAAUAUAUUUGUAUUAUUAUUACAUUAUCGUGAACAUCAGUGGUGUCACUGUUGAUAGCGGGACUAGUGUCGCUAGUGGGACAAUUUGACAGAAAAAACGGCGGCGCUAGCAUAUAUUCACAAGGAUGCGUCAAAGUAAUGAGCUAGCCAAUAACAACACAGUAGGGUGGGACAUGACAGAUGGUGGGGGAAAUUACCAAUUUAUUUGUUUACAGUGUCUCAUGCAAAGGACCAAUGUAUGCACACACUUGAUUUAACCAGUAUGAAUCGGCUUCUUGUACAUGAAUGCACAUUUUUUAAAACUUGUUAUUAGUGAUAAGUAUGAGGCCUUUUUGAACCGAGCCUAUGUCACUUAUGGGAGUGGAUAUUACCAAAUAAUGUUUGGAGCUGCAUUUAUUGGGGGGUUUUUGCCACUAGGGGGCAGCAUAAGAAGCUGAAAACACAACAAAUAUAUAUAUUAUCAAUACAAAACAAUAAAACAAUUCCAUAUAUAGCCAUACAGAAGCAGGAGCAACAUGUGCAACUCCUGAGGAAAUUAUCUGGCUCUUAAGCACAAUGUUCAUCAGCUACUUGCUAACCUUAACUGUAUGACACUUUUAGCUGAAACGGCUUGCAAUACCUGGAAAUUAGCCUUAUGAGAGUGAAGUUGCAGGCCAGAAAAACAAAACAAUGAUCCAAAGCAGACUUCAAGGCUCUGUAGAGCUGAGGGGGGGCUGCAAAUUUGUAGCAUUUUUAUUGCUUUUGAAUUCAACUUUUUAUUUGUAGUGGGAAAACUGUUUUAUUUUUACUUUCAAAAGUUACAUGUUUUACAUCAGUGCUGUGCAUCUAGGAUGUUACUGCACAAUGGACUAUUCAAGAUGUGCCACAAUGAAUGCAACAUUUGUGUGUUUAAAGAGUAUUGUAUGGGGUUCCAGAAUAAAAGAAUCUACCUUA